AUGUUAACAGCACUGUCACUCCUCUUUGUUGCUUCUGUUAGAAGUCAAUUUUCAUGUAAUCCUGGCUCUAUCCCAGGCAUCACUCCACCUGAAGGGCAAUGCGACUCGGACUGCUGUGUACAAGGACAACAAUACCCAACUUACACAUGUUCGCCUCCAGUUCUCGGGCAAACCAGCGCAACCCUGACGAUUAACAGCUUUGAAGAAGGCGGGGAUGGAGGCGGCCCAUCAGCUUGCGAUGGGAAAUACCACUCUGAUGAUACUCCCUUGGUUGCGCUUUCGACAGGAUGGUUCAGUGGAGGAAGUAGGUGUUUCAGAAACAUAGCGAUUCAGGCUAAUGCACGAAGUGUGAUAGCUAUGGUAGUGGAUGAAUGUAACUCCACAGUGGGAUGUGAUGCAGAGCAUGGUUACCAGCCACCAUGCGGUAACAGCAUUGUCGAUGCCUCCAAAGCUGUUUGGGAAGCCUUGGGAGUUUCAGAAGGUGAUCGGGGUGAACUGCAGAUCACCUGGUCUGAUGCUUAA